CUCCUCCUUUUGCAAUCCGGCGCUUCUGGGUUCUCAUUCGUCCGCAGGCUCCAUUGUGUUGCAACUCAUUGCCCCACAUCACAUUGCGUGUUGGCCAUGUCCUGGUUGCAGCUCUCGUGACCCUCACGCUCGCGAGCGGCACCGCUCGUCUUCUGCCUCUUGCUUGCUCUUGCUUGCUUUCUGAGGAACAGCCCCAGCUCCGGCACCAGCAUAAGGUCGUGUAGGGAGAGAGAGAGAGGGGGAGAGAAGUAAGCUUGGAGUCAUGGAGGGCGGGGGCUCCAUAAUCGCUCUUCCUCUGGGGCUUAUGUUCCUCUUCUCCGGGUUCUUUAUCAAUAUCCUGCAGCUGCUGUCGGUGUUAUUCAUUUUGCCGUUUUCGAGGAGGGCGUACCGAGUAGUGAAUAUGAUUAUGAUGGAGGUGCUGUGGUCGGAGCUUAUAUGGCUGCUGGAUUGGUGGGCGAAUGUGAAGGUGAAGGUUUACACGCCAAAGGAGUCGUGGGAGCACUUAGGAAAGGAGCACGCAUUACUCAUUUGUAAUCACCGCAGUGACAUUGAUUGGCUCGUAGGAUGGAUUAUUGCCCAGAGAUUGGGGUGUCUAGGUGGGACUCGAGCUGUUAUGAAGAAGUCCACCAAAUUUCUUCCGGUCAUUGGCUGGUCUAUGUGGUUUUCAGAGUAUGUGUUUUUAUCAAGAGAUUGGGCCAAAGAUGAGAAGGUCUUGAAGAAUGGUUAUUCAAGUCUUAAGGGCUUCCCCAGGACCUUGUGGGUGGCUCUUUUUGUGGAAGGCACUCGAUUUACGAAGGCUAAACUUGAGGCUGCCCAAAAAUUUGCAGCGGAUACAGGGCUACGUGUUCCAAGGCAUGUGCUUGUUCCUCGCACAAAAGGGUUCGUUUCGGCUGUGGAGAACUUGCGUGAAUUUGUUCCGGUAGUUUAUGACAUGACCGUUGCUAUAUCUAAAGAGCUGCCCAAUCCUACAAUGAUCCGGAUUUUCAGAGGGCAACCAUCUGUGGUUCAUGUGCACGUGAGGCGGGUCCCUAUGUCUGAUCUGCCUGAGGGAGCCAACGCGAUUUCUAAAUGGUGUCACGAUGCCUUUCACAUCAAGGACGAUCGGCUGGAGCAGCACGAAAAAGAGAAUACGUUUGGGGAGGACUUGUAUAUUCCUAUUGAACGGCCACUUAAACCUCUUAUUAUUGUGAUCUCCUGGGCCAUCACUUUGCUGGCUGCAGCAUGGUGGUUUCUAAGACGAGUUUUAUCCACUUGGAAAGGAAUCGCCUGGGUGGCAGGAGUACUCGUGGUCGUCAUGCUGUGUGUCCAGAUUUUAGUGAUGUCGUCACAAUCGGAAAGAAGUUCAGAUCCUGCAGCUAAGAAGGCCAAUCAAAAACAGGCGGCUUCUGUUGCUCACCUCGGCAAAACGGACUGAGAACUUUUGCUUUAACGCAAUCCAAGACUUAGGCGUGCUAGUCUCAGUUACAAUUAGCAUUCAGGCACUCCAGAUGUGUCAAGAAAUUUUAGUUACUCUAGCCAAGAAUUGUUUGACACCUUGUAGUUCACCUAAUUUCCUUGAACGAUUAAGAGCAGCGGCCAUUAGAUGAUUCGAUUUGGUUUCUUGAUAGUAUCUGGUACCUUCUUCUUCAAGCAUUGUGUAUUCCGCUUCAGCCAUUCCUUUUUUAAGAUGUAUUGCUUCUCGUUCGAGGGUAGGUCAUUUCUGAUCUAAUUUUGAAAGCACUAAUUCUGGCUGCUAUUACACUAUUCGACUGUACAAUUAUACUCCAGUUUCUAUCUAAACGAAAUACCUUUCAAUUUC